AUGACGCAAGUGGUGGACAUGUUGGAGUUCACCACGCUCAAGGACCACGACCCGUCCAUCGACCCAAUCAUCGUGCUGGGCUGCGGCCACGCCUACACGCUCACCACCCUGGACGGCCUCCUGGGCCUCGAGUCAGCUUGCGCGAAGGACGAGAAGAGCGGGAGGUGGGUCGCGCCGCUGCCUCUCGAAUCCGACUGCAGCAAGCUUAAGCUUUGCCCGGACUGCCGUGCCCCGGUGUCCGGGGUGUCGCGGUACAACCGCGUCACCAACAAGGCGAAGGCGAGACGAUGGUGUCGGUCGUUCUGA